AUGGCGACCAAAAUAAUCGAUAUCCGGACAGACACCGCGGAGUCUGAUAUUCUUGCUGAUAUCAAGAAUGGUUUGCGGCCGAACAAUGGUGGCGAAAAGAAGCUGCCUACGUUGCUGCUCUACGACCAGGAAGGUCUCCGAUUGUUCGAAGAAAUCACAUACCAAGAAGAGUACUACUUGACAAAUGCCGAAAUCGAGGUCCUCGAGACAUAUGCGGAUAAAAUCGCCGAACGAAUCCCAUCCAACUCCAUCAUCGUGGAACUGGGGAGCGGCAAUCUCAGAAAGGUGAACAUACUUUUACAGGCUGUCGAUCGUCUUGGCAAGGACGUCGAGUAUUACGCUGUCGACCUGUCUCUUCCGGAAUUGGAGAGAACAUUCGGCGAAAUACCUACAGAUGGAUACAAGCAUGUCAAGUGCUUUGGGCUGUACGGCACGUACGACGAUGCCCUAGAGUGGCUGAAGACUCCCGAAGUCGAAGAGAAACCAAAGACCAUCCUUUGGCUGGGCUCCAGCCUGGGCAAUUUCAAACGCCAUGAGGUGCCGCCAUUCCUUGCUGGGUUUGGUGCAGUCCUACAGACUGGUGAUACCAUGCUUAUCGGUAUCGAUUCAUGCAAAGAUCCCGAGCGUGUUUACCAUGCGUACAACGAUUGCAACGGUGUAACGCACAAAUUCAUCCUCAACGGUCUGAAACACGCAAACGCAAUCAUGGGCGAGAAAGCUUUCGAUAUUCAGAACUGGGAAGCCAUUGGCGAGUACGACAGCCAAGCUGGAAGACAUCACGCUUUUGUCGCACCACUCAAAGACACUGUUGUCGACGGUGUCCCGAUCAAACAGGGCGAAAAGAUCCGCAUUGAGGAAUCUUACAAGUACAGCCGCGAAGAAGCGAAAGAGCUUUGGGAGCUGGCCAAACUCGCGGAGAACGUUGUAUGGGCGAACGCCAAGGGCGAUUACGGUCUGCAUUUUGUUUCCAAGCCCGCAGUGUUCUUUCACACUAAGCCAAAGGAGUACGCGGCGAAUCCAGUACCCUCUUUGGCCGAGUGGCGAGAACUUUGGACGGCCUGGGACGCGGUCUCAAAGGACAUGAUACCCGAAGAAGAGCUACUCUCCAAGCCCAUCAAACUUCGGAACGAGUGUAUCUUCUACCUCGGCCACAUUCCUACAUUCCUAGAUAUACACAUCGCCCGCGCCACCGCCGGCAAGCCUUCGGACCCUGCCUAUUUCUGGAAGAUCUUUGAGCGCGGCGUUGAUCCUGAUGUCGAAGAUCCAACUCAGUGCCAUGCCCACUCCGAGAUUCCUGAAGAGUGGCCGCCGCUAAAAACCAUUCUAGGAUUUCAAGAGACAGUACGAAGCAAAGUCGAAGCGCUCUAUAGUUCAGGAGAGGCGGAAUCGAAUGGCCGUGUGUCUCGAGCACUUUGGAUCGGUUUUGAGCAUGAAGUCAUGCAUUUGGAGACUUUGCUCUACAUGCUGAUCCAGAGUGACAAGGUCUUGCCACCUCCUGGCACCAAGGUUCCAGACUUUGCAGCAUUUGCAGCGCAGUCGCAGACUCUGGCAACCGAGAACCAGUGGUUCACGAUUCCUGAAUCAGACAUCCAAAUAGGUCUUGAAGACCCUGAGAAUGACUUCAAAACCAUACGAUACUUUGGAUGGGAUAACGAGAGACCUAGCCGUACAGCGCACGUAAAGUCCUUCCGCGCAAAGGCUCGCCCGAUCACGAACGGAGAGUACGCCACAUAUCUGUCUGAGACAGGAAAGACAGCUAUACCUGCGUCGUGGUGCAAACAGCCAUACCCUAAUGGUGAGGACACAAGCACCAGCAAGAGAGACAGUGUGGUGAAUGUUCAACAUAAUGAAACCAAUGACUCACCUCAGAGCAUUACAGAUGGCAAAUUUGUCCGUACUGUGUAUGGUAUUGUCCCUUUGAAGUUUGCCAUGGGUUGGCCUGUAGUUGCAUCCUACGACGAACUAGCUGGCUGCGCGCAGUGGAUGGGCGGUCGUAUUCCCACGAUGGAAGAAGCACGAAGCAUCUACAGCUACGUCGACGGCAUGAAGCCGGAGUUUGAGAAAUCGCUCGGAAACACGAUUCCAGCAGUGAACGGGCAUUUGAUCAACGAAGGAGUGUUUGAGACGCCACCACCACACUCUUUGUCUAACGGCGACUCCGGCACAGUAUCUGGUCUCAAUCCACACGACCUCUUCAUCGACCUUGAAGGGACGAACGUGGGCUUCAAACACUGGCACCCAGUCUCAGUGGUCGAGAAGGGCAACAAGCUCUGUGGCCAAUCUGAUCUGGGAGGUGUUUGGGAAUGGACUAGUACUGUGCUGGAGAAGCAUGACGGCUUUGAGCCGAUGGAGCUGUACCCAGGUUAUACAGCCGACUUCUUCGACGGCAAACAUAACGUCACGCUUGGUGGAUCGUGGGCGACGCAUCCGCGCGUUGCUGGACGAAAGACAUUCGUCAACUGGUACCAACGCAACUAUCCCUAUGUCUGGGCUGGUGCGCGUGUUGUGUCGGAUGCCUAG